AUAACACCAGUAUAAUCAGGGAAGGUAAGACUGUAUCCUUGACCACAUCUAGGCGACAGGAACAACGAAACGCGCGUGAACUGUCUUUAAAGUCGUCCUCGCGCGUCUUUUAUCGCAUUGGUGCGCGUCGCGUCGGGCGCGUCCGUGACGUCACCAAGCGCGCCGUUCUUCUCGCCCUUUCAGAGCUCGAGCUGUCGUGCGCGCGCGGAACCACAACAGAGAACAACAACAACAAACAAACAAACAAACGCACGCACGCACGCAAACAGCGCAACAAUAAACACGACGUGAGCGAAGUUAUGGCUGGGCUGAUGUCCGGGUUCGGCUGCUUUACGCACGCCGUGAUGCGCGCGGCGCCCCGGUCUCUGGCCAGAGACGCGCUGAGGAGCGGCGGUCAGGAGGUGGACCUGCUCAAAGUGCAGGAGGAGCAUGAAGAGUACGCGUCCGUCCUGAAGCACCGGCUCGGGCUGGAGGUGCUGGAGCUGCCCGCGGACGAGGCGAUGCCGGACUGCGUGUUCGUGGAGGACGCGGCGGUGGUGUGCGGGGACACGGCGCUCGUCUCCAGACCCGGAGCCCCGAGCAGGAGGAGGGAGACGGAGGCCAUGAAGUCUGCGCUGACCGAGCUUGGCCUCAAUGUAGUGGAGAUGACGGAUGAAUCAGCCACGCUGGAAGGAGGAGAUGUCCUCUUCACUGGUAGAGAAUUCUUCGUGGGAUUAUCCAAGAGGACCAAUCAGAGAGGAGCGGAGAUCCUGGCCGAUACAUUUAAGGACUACGCCGUGUCCACGGUCCCCGUGCAGGGCGCGCUGCACCUGAAGAGUUUCUGCAGCAUGGCCGGGCCCGGUCUCAUCGCCAUCGGAUCCAGCGAAGCCGCGCAGAAAGCCCUGAAGAUCAUGCAGCAGAUGAGCGAUCAUAAAUAUGAUAAACUGACUCUUCCUGACGAUUCGGCCGCAAACUGCAUCUACAUGAACCUCCCGGGAAAAGGAGACGUCCUGCUGCACUGUACUCCUGAAGAGUUUCCUGAGAGCGCCAAGGUGUUUGAGAAGCUGAAGGAUCACAUGCUCAUCCCGGUGACCAAUCAGGAGAAGGCGAAGGUGGACGGAGGGCUGACCUGCUGCUCGGUGCUCAUUAACAAGAAGAAGAACAUCUGAAGCACACGGGAAAUACAUCACAACGCCACGAAGACCAUGUACACACUUUUCUAACCAGCUGGUUUAGCUACUGACUAGUUUAACCGGCUCGGCCGGGAGGGCCAUCCAAGCCAGUGACUUUUUUUAGCAACAGCCGGCGAGUUGAAGCCAUUACAAUUGGGACUGUUGUAAAAUCUAAUCUGCAUAAUAAAAACCUCAAAACGUAGCUGUAAACGGCUAAGAUCAUCUGGAUCCACUCAGAACGGCUGAAAUUAAAGCGUUUAGCGCAUUUAACAAAAAAAGCCUGAUUUUAAACAAUGAACGCUAUUUUUGUGCCGCCUAGACGGCAGAUGGAGAAAAUAGAAAUAGAUUUAUAGAGCAUUUGCGACAGUUUUUUCCGAUAUUUUCAACAGACGAGAUGCGUGAUACAAGCCAUAGCGAAGAGUAUCCGGAGCAAAAAAAAUGUUUUUGUAGAUGUACAAUUUGUGUGUUUGUUUGUCAUGAAGUCAUGAAGGCUAAUUGAAGGAAUAAGUCCUGCGGACGUUAUGCUAGGUUUUGAAGAAACAUGUUUUCUGUAAAUUGAAGUAAAACAUAAAAUUAUUGGUUUAAGAGAAAAUACUACAUUUGCCAGCAUUUUGGAGACGUUCUCCUCUAAACGUUUUAACGUAAAAAAAAAAAAAAAAAUUGGAAUUAAAAUGUUAGUUUUAGGGCUAACGUUAUUAGAAACCAGACAAAGUUCUAAUAAUGGUUUGUUAACUUCAAGAGAACGUUCAUUGUUAACUGGAAAAGUGUUUAGUAUGUAGCGCGUAUUGAAUUGAUGAUGUCGACAAUCACAGGAAAUACAGCUCAGUUGGAGUGCAAUGCAUUGUGGGAUGCAGUAUUGCAGAUGUAGCAGGUCAUCCGUGUGUUCCACGCAUGCCGAAUAUUUGCUGACUAUGCAAUCUUCACCUUAAUCAGAAAUAGCUAGAGUAUUAUGCUAGUCGCUUCAAACAGAGUCACGGUUUUGCGAUCCUCAUGUGCUGAUUGGACGACCUUCCUCACUGUGACGUUGAUAUAAACUGUGACGUCUGCCGACAUCUGUGCGUUUAAACCUACUUUGACAGCACCGACGGCUUGUUGCGUAGCGUUAGCAUCUAGCUAAAUCACCAUUAACCCCACUCGUUAGCGUCCUGCAUUUAAAACCCGCUGUGUGUGGUCGCAGCUUCGCUCUUCGCAACUUUAUGUUGAGUAAAUAUUGUUAGAAAAGCGUAAAAUUGUGCCGCGCAAGGAAUUAUGGGUGAAUUGCGAGUACUGCACGCUUUUUCGCCCUCAAAACUAAGUAAAUGUACAAUAAAAUAAGAGGAAACCGAUCAAACUGUAAGAGGAAAAUUCCCAUUUUUGGUGGUAACUGAUGGUUUCUAAGUUUUCAGCGUGUGACAGUUAGCUUGAGUUGCUAACAUUAGCUUUUCAGUAGCAUUUUUUACUUUAAAUGUUUUAAUAUUCGCUAAAGUGAAGAGACAGCAUCACACGAAAAGAAAGCGAAGAUUUAAAGCUCAAGAGACACGGGCUUGCGCCUAUAAAACAGGAUUUAGAGAUGUCCCAACACUUUUAUGAUGUCGACAGAUAAACACAUCAGCCGCUUUUUAUAAGGAUGUGAAUUAUAGGCCGCGAUGAAAGCCCAGCUGUCUUUUCUUUUAUUUGUCUCAUUCUUCGUCCCCUAGAUGCUUUGCGAAAGACGUUAUCGUUAAUUCUUUGCCAGAAAGACACUUGUAAAAUAUCCCGCGGUUGUCUCGAGUCCCACUGUAUGAUAUCACGAAGAAGCUGUUUUAUUAGAGAUCUGCUCAUCGUGAACUUUAAUUCACCCUGAGUUUUGCCUGUUAUCACCACGUUCAUGUUGAAGUCUGUCAUCAUCCUAAAAAAAGAAACCAACUCAGUUCUUCAGGGUUCUGCUGCCUGCAGUAUUUUCAACUCUCUUCGAGACGAUGUACACUGUACUCGGCCAGUAAAAUAGACGUGACUCAGGAUUUUUAGAUGUGAUUUGUACGUGCCAUAAUUCCUUUAACUGGGCGUCUUUGCUCUUUGUAAUGAUUUUCCUGGGUUUGUUAAAUAAAGCGGUUUGUGAAUGCC